AUGGAGGAUCAAUACAUUCUUGGACUCUUGCAUAAUCUUGAAACGGCUACCUGGGCCGUUCUCGCUUUCACAACUUUCGUGUUGAUUUCUCAGGUUCACUACAGAACCAAAUUAGCCGAACUCCCUACCUUUGAGAUUGACGGAGGCAACGAGAAAUGGGGGAGGACUUACUUGGAAUCCGCACCCAAGCUCUAUGAAGAGGGAUAUAAAAAGACCAAGCCUGGGUCAUGCCAACUUCAGAUGGUACAAGGCCGCCUUGAUACACCUUACCAUGAUUUGAAUACUUACUAUGGUGCAUCUCAGGUACUGGAGGUUAAGUACACCAAAGCCCCUCCCGAUGAGCUACUCGCACCUUACUGCAUCAACACCGACUUGAAUCCUGCUUUAUCCCGGCUGAACCCCGUCAUCUAUCUGGAGGUUGAAAAUGCGCCGAAGGAAGAAAUUCCGCGAUGCGAAAAUUGGACACCGGUAAUCAUCUAUCAGAAACUCAUGAAUACUGUAGCGAAAGUGCCAGGGACUAAGGCUUGA